ACCUACCGUAUGGACCCUUCACUUGUCUCUGCACACUACUGAAUCAACAUACAUAAAUCAUCUCCUCAACCAACACAUGUAUAUAUAAGUAACCAAUCUGAAAACAAACACACAUUCUUCAUUCUUACAACAAAUCAUUUGAAAAUUUCGUUUGUUGAUCGAUGGGGUUUAGAUUAAUCCAUUCCGUGCUUCAUCAUGCUAAGCACGUGGGUCGGUAUUCUCCUUCGUCUUCGUCUUCGUCUUCUUCGUGUGCGAGGAAAGUGGAGUGCGUGCCCAAGGGUCACUUGGCUGUAUACGUUGGUGAGAAUGCGAGUAAGAUUAAUCGGUUCGUCGUCCCAAUCUCGUACUUGAAGCAUCCUUUAUUUCAGGACUUGUUGAGGAGUUCGGAGGAAGAGUAUGGGUUCGAUCAUCCCAUGGGAGGCUUGACCAUCCCCUGCACUGAAAACGCGUUCAGGAGUGUAACGUCUUAUCUGAAUGGGUUGCAGUAGCAGGAACUUUUUUUUUUUAAUUUAUAAGAUGAAUAUGAUGAUCAGUGUAUUUAUGUCCUUCAAUUAUUUCAAUCCAAUUUUGUACCUGUAUGUAUUCUUCUUUUAUCAAGUGAAGUAGUACCUCCCAAUUGGGAAAUUUUUACACAAAUCAAAGCA